AAAAAAAAACAACACAUCUCAGACGCCAGGCUUCGAGAGUCGCUUCAGAAUCUUGACAUCUCUCAAGACGAAGCGCAGGGCCUACGGAAUCAAGUGCAAGCGCUCCAGAAAGAGCUACUGGCUCAAGUAUCAAAAGUCGAGGUUGUUUCUGAUGAGACACUUUCGCGGGACUUCCGCAUCCUUGCCUCUUUGGUAAAAUCGCUCAGCCGCUCGAUCCAGCCAACACAGGAUUCCCCCAUGCUACACACUCUCGGGUUCUUCGUGCUCGUACAAGAUGUCGCAAAGCAUCACUGGAAUACCCGCGCACGCCAAAAGGCAUACGUCGAGGCGUCGAUAUGGUCCAUGCUGAUUGAUGGGCUAUUCCAUCACCCUUUCGAGUUCUGUAGACCCAUCGAGGUACUCAAUGAAGACUGGCGCUUGAUUUUUGCCGAGGAGUUCUUUGAUGACUGGCCAACCCCAACCCCAGAAUCCGAGAGCUGGCGGCUCACCACAGUGAACACGUUGAUCAGCCAGAUUGGACGGGAGACUACAACUACCGGCCAAUGUCACGAAGAUUCCCAAGAAUUGAGUAAAAAAGUUCGUAGCCUACAGAAAGGGGUAUUCAAGAAGCGAGAGUCCGUCGCCAAUACCAUCAGGUCGCAUCUCACAGCGAUAUCAACUGGCGACCAUUCAAAUAUCCCAGGCAUUGUCGACCAGGCAUUCAAGUUAGCUUUCAACAUGUCCAUGCAACCUUUCCGAGUUCAAAUUACUUGGCCAGAUGUUGGUGCCGAUUUUGAAGCAGACCACAUGUCUUCGGUUCCCGACCGCAAUGGCCAAGAUAUCCGCAGAGGUGUUGUUGCAUUCAUUGUUAACCCUGGUCUCACUCGCUGGGGCGAUGCCCACGGGCAGAAUUUCGAGAAACGCCAUGAGAUUGUGCCGUCCCUGGUGCAGCUUGAACCAGUGCAGGUCAAUCAUAAAUAUCUUCGUAGUCGCGUGAUUGCAAAGCAGGAGGAGGAGCAUGUUCAGCGAUGA